CCCUCCCCUCCCUCCUCAGCCGCCGUCCCGGCUCCGAGGUCCUUUCCAGCACACAGUGUGCUGCUGCAGGACCCCGUCCAGCGGGACAGCUGACAUGCGCGCCGGCCGCCGCCUUCGCUCCUGACAUGCUCCAGCUGGCCGCGCUCACGAGGCAGAUCCGGGACCCUCCCCGAGGCUUUCACGCGCUGUUUUUCGGCGACUGGGCUAUUGUGUGUGCGCGUCGGCCGUGCGCCUUGGAUCAUGGGCGUCGCGUAAUUGGCCAAGCACUGCUGGCCUCUGUCAAUGCGCCAGCGCUUCCGCCUGGCAUCUGGCAGCCACCAGCUUCGCGCCCGAAGCCCCGGCGAUGUUGUUGGACACGCUGCUCUCGGCUCUCGUGGCGCCCGCCGUCGGAGUGGCUGUGCCCAAGGGGAUGAGCCAGCACGCAUUCCUGACGGAAGCUGAUGGCAGGUUGUUUGGUGGAGCGGAGGUGGGCAUGCGCCUUGCCGAAGCAGCCCCCACCUCGCCCGACAUGCCGCAGCCGCCAGCGACAGUUUCGGCACGAUCUGGAGAGCGCCACAGGAUCUGCCAGCGAAGGAUCUCUGACAUUCACUCGCGGCGCGACCCCGACUCCUUGUUCCAGAUCGAAUCCUGGCUGGCCAAGUAUAAGGGCUCCGAGGACAUGAUCUAUAUUGAAGUGUGCAAGGAAUGCGGUGUCCAGCCGUCCCCUCUCUACGAGGGUCGCCCUCCAGACAGUAUUUGCCUCGCCCUUCUGCUCAGAGUGUAGCUGAGGUGCGCGCAGCGUUUGUGCAGGCUCUUUCUUCGUGGGGCGCCCUCAUUCGCUUUCCCCGCGGGCUCAAUUUACUUGCGCCCCCCCACCCGCCACCUCAACAGGUACUUCGUAUGAUGCUCUGCCAUCAAUGGGGCCCCCCAGUGUCCAUUAGGGCACGCCUCGCGCCAUGCCCCUCGUCGC